AUGGCGCUUACCGAGCGCUUCUCCAAGCACUCUGCGUCCUUCUGGCGCGAGGCCGCGCUGCUGGCGGACCUCAACCACCCCAACGUGCUGCGCUUCUACGGCGUCAUAACAGACGCGCCCACGCAGCCGGGCGGCGGCGGCAGUGGCAGCGUCAUUGGCGGGGGCGGGGGCGGCGCGGCUGCCGAUUCGGCGGCGGUGGUCCGCGGCGGCAGCCUGGCGCAGUUCCUGCGCGCCGGCCGCUCCCCGCUGCCCCUGCGGCUGCGCUGCGAGCUGGCGCUGCAGGCGGCCAACGGGCUCGCUUACCUGCACGAGCUGCGCAUCGUGCACUUUGACCUCAAGCCAGACAACCUGCUGCUAGACGGCCCCGCAGCCCUCGUGCUGGCCGCCGCCCAGGCCCACGAGGCCGCUGCGCCGCCCCGCGGGGGCGGCGGCGGCGGCGGCGGCGGGCCGGGCACGCCGGUGGGCGGUGGCGGCGGCAGCGGCGCGUUUGGGGGCGGCGCGGGGCCGGAGGCUCUGAUGGGGUCUGCGGAGCCGGGCGGCGGCGGGGGCGGGCACCCGGGAGCGCUGCACAAGCGCGGGUCGUCGGCGGCUAGCGGCGUGACGGGCACGGGGACCGGCAGCGAGGCCGCGCUGGCGCAGGCAGUGGUGGCGGGCUGGGUGCCAACGGUCAAGGUCGCGGACUUUGGGCUGAGCAAGCACAAGCUCAACUCGUACGUGAGCAGCUGCCGUGACCUGCGCGGCACGCUGCCCUACAUGGCGCCAGAGCUGGUGGCUGACCCGGAGCGCGUGAGCGAGAAGGCCGACGUCUGGAGCAUGGGCGUGGUCAUGUGGGAGAUGCUCAUGAGGGAGAUGCCCUACCAGGACCUGACCCCCCAGCAGAUCCUGAUGGGCCUCAUGUGUGGCAACCUGCACCUGGACGUGCCCUCCUGGUGCGACGCCGAGUGGCGCGGCCUGCUGGAGGCCUGCCUGGAGCCAAACCCCGGCAACAGGCCCUCCAUGAAGGAGCUGGCGCGCCAGCUGGAGGCCAUCAGGGACCAGCAGGCCGCGCAGCACGCGGCCGCCGACGCCGCGGAGGGCCUCCUCAGCCGGCGCGCGAGCAGCAGCGGCGGCACGGGGCUGGUGGCCGCAGGCGCGGGCGCGGGCGCGGCGGUGGCGGCGGCGGCCGCGGCGGUUGCGGCGGCGCAGGACGCGGUGUCGGCGGCGGGCGCGGCGGCGGCGCACAUGCAGCAUCACCAGCGGGUAGUCAUGCAGCAGCAGCAGCGCCCACACGCGCACACGCACCACCAUCACGACUACUGA